AUGUCGACCUGGGAUGCUUCGAUCAAAAGCCUGACCGACAAGGCCCCUGCUGCUGCCGAUGCCACCGCUGCCGCCAGCCUUAACGAGCGCGUUGCCGCCGCCGACAAAGAAUUCGCUGCUUCAGUCGUCCCUCUCGUCCUCUGGGCGGACGGAUCCAUCAUUUACGUCACCACCAACAGCCAGCAAGGCCAAGGCCUUUGCGGCAAAACCGGAGACGGCGCCUUCAAGGGCUUCCAGACUGGUUGGUUGGCCGGAACAUACACCCUCGUCGUGACCGCCACCACUGCCCAACUGCUGAACGCGAACGGCCUCGUCGUCUACAACGGUAUCGGCUACGCGUCGCCCUACAUUCGCGGCAGCUGGCAAAUCAGCUUCUAA